AUGAGUGAAGAUAUUUCACCACCUUCAAGUUAUAGAGAACUAAAUCAGAUCAAGGAUCUUGAUUCUACCAUCGCCAAGAUCCUUCCAUCAAUAAAUCAACAAGGUGGAGAUAUUACAAGAAACUUAAAACCAUCGUCAUCACAUUUAAGAAGAUCUUCAUCAUUCUCGAAAUUUUUAGAUGAUAGAAGAGAUAGUGCAAGUGCCAGUGAUAUAAAUAUACCGGGAGGUUUCCGUAGACAAUUCAUCAUCAAUAAGAAAUUAUCGAAGAACCAAAAACCUCCAAAAUUCUUAACUAACAAUUUAAUUGAAUUUUUGAACAUAUAUUCAAAUUUCGCUGGGGAAGAAUUUGAUGAUUCAGAUACUGAAAGUUUUGUGGGUAGUUCGGCAGAUUCAGCUAUAGCAUCAGUUGACGAAGAAAGCUUGUUAUUACCGGAUAACACUCCAAAACCACCACCUUCAAAUAUAAAGACAUAUUUCUUAGUUUUCAAAGCAUUAGUUGGAUCAGGUAUUUUAUUCUUACCUAAAGCUUUUGAAUCCGGAGGUUUAUUGUUUUCCAUUGUGACAUUGAACAUCUUCGGUAUACUAACAUAUAUUUGUUAUUUAUUAUUAAUUCAUGCCAAAAAUCAUUUUGGUUUGUCAUCAUUUGGUGAAUUGGGAUUCAAAACCUAUGGUAAUCCAUUAAGAAUUCUUAUCUUGAUAUCGAUCUUAAUCAGUCAAAUCGGGUUUGUUUCAACCUAUAUCCUUUUCACUACUUCAAACUUGACAAAUUUAUUCAAAAUAUCCCAAUUACAUCUUGUAAUUGGACAAUUUGUAUUAUUAAUCCCACUCAUUUUAAUUAGAAAGAUUUCAAAAUUAGGUUUCAUAUCAUUAUUGAGUUCUAUCUGUAUUAUAACAGGUCUUGUGAUCAUAUUUGUUUAUUCAAUUAACGAUCUUGCAGUGGAUGGAAUGGGUCCAAAUAUUGUUCAAUUCAAUUCUUCAAGUUGGUCAAUGUUGGUAGGAAUAGCUGUUACAUCAUUUGAAGGUAUUGGAUUGAUUUUACCUAUCGAAUCAGCUAUGCACAAUCCUUCAGAAUUCCCUAAAGUUUUAGGUAUUUCCAUGAUUCUUAUCACAGGAUUAUUUUUAGCUAUUGGAUCUUUAGGAUACAUCACUUAUGGAGAUGAGAUCGAAUCUAUCAUAUUACUUAAUUUACCUUAUAAUCAAAUCCCUGUACAAAUGAUCCUCGUUCUUUAUUCAUUGGCAGUUUUCUUGACUGCUCCAUUACAAUUAUUCCCAGCUAUUAAAAUUUUUGAAAAUAUAGUAUUCAAUUCAUCAAUGUUCUUCAAGAAUGGGAAAUUAUACAAUUCAGGUAAAUAUUCCAGUAGAAUUAAAUGGUUAAAAAAUUUAUUUAGAGUGUUCAUAUUAUCAAGCAUUUGUACUUUAGCUUAUUUGAAUUUUGAUAGGAUAGAUAAAUUUGUUAGUUUUAAUGGAUGUUUUGCUUGUGUACCAUUAGUUUAUAUUUAUCCUCCAUUAAUUCAUUUUAAAACCACAAAAAAUAGAUUAUAUAAGACUUUGGAUUUAUCAUUGGCAGGUUUAGGAAUGGUAGUUAUGAUUUAUACCACUUAUCAAAUCUUAUUUGAUUAG